UCUCAGCAGAGAUCAGGCGGACGGGGACGCGGGGCGGCGGUGCGGUGCGGUGCGCUCGGUGCACGCUCUCCAACAAAACAAACUAACUAAAAACCAAACUGAGGAGACUUUUUGUUAGACGGAUUUUAUUUUUCCGAAAGUUCCCUAAAGUGCUCAGUAAAGUGGGGUCCGGGUAGAGGAUCUGGGUUUGGGAUUUACUUUGUGUGUGCUGCUUGUCAGGGAGCGGGGAGGAGCAGCGGAGCGGAGCCGGAUCGAGGAGCCCAUGCGGACUGGACUGACUUAUCAAUGAAGCAGGAGAUCAUGGCGGAGGGUCCCCGCUGCAAGAGGCGAAAACAGGCCAACCCCCGGAGGAAGAACGUGUUGAACUAUGAGAAUGUGGUGGAGACGGGUUCAGAGACAGACGAGGACGACAGGACGCUGGUCUCUGAGGACAACGGCCUCGCUAACGGCGGCGGCGGAGGAGGAGGAGGCGAGGAUGAAGAGCUCGGCGGCCCGGCCGGCGUGCCCACUCUGGAGGCGUCGCCCCGGGUCGCCCACGCCCUGCUGUCCUCAGAGGCCCCCGAGGGCCAGGAGGGACUCCAGAACCACCACCGCUGCUGGAGACUCAGAGACGACGCCGACGGACACCUGAACGGCGCCGGUGACAGGAAGGACGAGCGCGAGCGUCUCGGCCCGGAGGCGACUCUGCACGCCGUGGGAAACAGUACAGUGAAGCGACUGGAAGGCGUCUCUGAACUGGACGAGUACUUCCUGAAACGUAAACUGGAGGACAGCGACGGUCACCCGGCAGCCAUCGCAGAGUACCUGCAGCGCAGUGACACCGCCAUCAUUUACCCAGAAGCCCCGGAGGAGGUGACGCGACUGGGCACGCCCGAGGCCGUCGGACAAGACGACAGCGAGCACGACCUGCUGUCCGGCACACCUGACGACUUCGCCCAGCUGCUCACCUGUCCGUACUGCGACCGCGGAUACAAGCGUCUGACGUCUCUGAAGGAACACAUCAAAUAUCGCCACGAAAAGAACGAGGAGAGCUUCGCCUGCCCGCUGUGUGCCGACACCUUCAGCCACCGCUCGCAGCUGGAGCGUCACAUGACCACACACAAGCCCACCAGAGACCAGCCGCCACUGCUGAACGAAGGAGCUGGAAACCGCAAGUUCAAAUGCAGCGAAUGUGGAAAAGCCUUCAAAUACAAACAUCACCUGAAGGAGCAUCUUCGUAUUCACAGCGGUGAGAAGCCGUACGAGUGCUCCAACUGUAAGAAGCGCUUCUCCCACUCAGGCUCCUACAGCUCCCACAUUAGCAGCAAGAAAUGCAUCGGCCUUAUUGCCGUCAAUGGACGAGUACGCAAUGGAAGCAGCGGCAAGCCUGGCUCCUCCCCCAACUCCACAACCUCAUCACCUGGAAGCCCCGCCCUUGCCCAGCUCCGCCACAAGCUGGAAAACGGGCGACCGCUCGGCCCUCAAGACCAGCAGGUUCAUCUUGACAUUAAAGCUGAGCCGAUGGACUUCAACGAGUACCGGCUGCUGAUGGCCUCUCAGCACGGGUUUGGGGCACCAGGGGUCUACUUGAAUGGCCGUGGCGGAAGCCCACUGGCCCUCCACAGCUCCUCCCAGAGCCCCCAUCAACAUCUGGGAGGCAUGGGGCUCGACCACCCCCUGCUGGGCUAUGCAGGACCUUUCGGGAACAACCUGAGUGAAGUGCAGAAGGUGCUUCAGAUUGUGGACAACACGGUAUGCAGGCAGAAGAUGGACGGGAACCCAGAGGAGAUCUCCAAGCUCAGGGCCUACAUGAAGGAGCUGGGGGCCCAGAUGGAGGAGCAGAAGCUAGCCCAGGCUGGCUUCCAGGUGGUGGGUCAUGGCAGCCCCACAAAGAGCAUCAUCGAUUAUACGCUAGAGAAGGUCAACGAGGCCAAAAGCCUGAUUGACGACUCCAAGAGGCAAGUGGACAUCAAGAAGGAGAAGCCAAACCACUCAAUUGAUCUCAGCAGUGAGGAAAAAUCCCAUGAUGACCAGAAUCAGUUCCUGUCAUUCUCCUGCCAGUACUGCAAGGAGACAUUCCCAGGGCCCAUCCCACUGCAUCAACACGAGCGCUACCUGUGUAAAAUGAACGAGGAGAUCAAAGCAGUCCUGCAGCCGGCUGAGGGCUGUCCUGCCAGUCGCAGGGGGGCAGUGGCCUCUGAGCUGUCCAGAAAUGAGCAAGCCACCAGCCCCCUCAACCCCUUCAAGGACCACGUGUCAGUGCUCAAGGCCUACUUUGCCAUGAACACUGAGCCCAACUCAGAGGAACUGCUCAAGAUUUCCAUUGCUGUAGGCCUUCCUCAGGAGUUCGUCAAGGAGUGGUUUGCCCAGUGGAAAAGCCAGAACCACCACGGAGGCUGUCUGAGGAAAAAAUCGCCCCCUCCUGACCGCAGUGGACUGGAUAUCAACCACAGCUUGAGCCACUCACCAAUGUCUCUUCCUGCUGCAGAUUUGCAUGGAGGCUUCACUAAUGAUGAUGCCUCCCACAGAUUCACCAAGGCCAACCAGUUUACAGCCAGCAGGCAGACAACAGGGGACAAACCUCUAGACCCCUUGGACCACUUGAGGAGCAACACUCCUUCACCCCUCAACCUUUCCUCUACUUCCUCCAAAAACUCUCAGAGUAGCUCUUACACUCCAAACAGCCUAGCUUCUGAGGAUGCACAUGGGGAUAUACCACUGGAUCUGUCGCUGCCCAAACACAUGGCACAGAAGCUCAUCUCUGUGGGGGAAAAGCGAUCCAGGCCCAAUGGUUUCAUCACUGAGCGCAACGGAGACACUCAAGGACGAGAACAGGUGUCUGGGCCCUUAGAUCUGGUCAACAUCAAGAAGGAGGUCCUGGGCUCUGAUGGUGGAGGGAACUCCGUCCAUCAGCAGGAGAAAAGCACAAGUCCUAUCUUUGGGAUUAACCCCUUUGCUGGCAGUCCCGUCUACACCUCCCUGCCACCUCAUGGAGCAUUUCCUCCACCCACCUUCAUGUCUCCUGCUCAGGCCACCAUCCCGGGCCUCAGACCUUACCCAGGUCUCGACCCCAUGAGCUUCCUGCCCCACAUGGCCUACACGUACGCUACCGGGGCGGCCACAUUUGCUGAAAUGCAACAGAGGAGAAAGUACCAACGGAAACCAGGUUUCCAGGGGGAGCUGCUGGAUGGGACGGCAGACUAUCUGUCAGGCCUGGACGACCUGACAGACAGCGAUUCGCUGCUCUCCAGGAAGAAGAUUAAGAAGACUGAAAGUGGUAUGUACGCGUGUGACUUGUGCGACAAAACAUUCCAGAAGACCAGUUCCCUCCUAAGACACAAAUAUGAGCACACAGGGAAGCGUCCUCACCAGUGUCAGAUCUGUAAGAAAGCCUUCAAACACAAACACCAUCUCAUCGAACACUCGCGCCUGCACUCCGGAGAGAAACCGUACCAGUGCGACAAGUGCGGGAAGCGCUUCUCUCACUCGGGCUCGUACUCGCAGCACAUGAACCACCGGUACUCCUACUGCAAGAGGGAGGCGGAGGAGCGCGAGGCGGCCGAGAGGGAGGCCAGGGACAAGGGCGGAGGAGGCGUGGCGGUCGGGGGCGUGGAGCCCACCGAGCUGCUGAUGAGGAGGGCCUACCUGCAGGGGCUGGGACCGCUCGGGUACUCGGACCCCGAGGACCAGCAGGAGGACGGCGGAGGCGGAACGAUCCUGAGGGACGGCGGCGAGCGAAGAACAGGAGAGGAGAGGGAAGUGGACACAAAGAUGUACGAGGAGGUGACAGACAGACGGGAGGCAAGUUUCAGGGAAGGAGAGGAGGAAGAGGAGGAGGAGGAAAAGGAAGGCGACAGCAGGAGCCAGAUGGACUCAACGAGGGACGACAAGGGCAAAGACACGAAGCAGCUGAUGGACGAGAGUUCACGAGAAGGGAAGACAGACGGCAAGUCGGACCAGGACGACUGAUCCAAAAGACAAACUUAAAAAAGCUUUCGAACAUUUGUUCCGUUGGCUCGACGCAGAAAGAGGAGCUUUUUAUUUUUAAGGGACUGUACUCAAAUGAUCUGGGGUGUAAAGAUAUUCUAGGUUUGAUUUCAUCUGAAGGGAUUUCAGAUGUCAGGUACACGUGUUCAUCAUGAAGGUGCAGCAGUCCUCUUACCUGCAUCAGGACGUCAUCUGUCCGAGGCAGACGCCGUCAGCUCGUAGCUACACGGAUCACCACGUUUUUUUACGAUGACUUGUGAUUUUCUACAGUUCCUCCCUCUCGGAGUUAAAUUAGCAUCGUAACAGAGACUACAGACCUUUAUUCGUGUUCUUUGACAUGUUACUGACAUCUUCGUAGGUUUAUUUGGACUUUCAUGGCCUUCAAAUUUUUAAACAGUUUCUUGUCCAAUUUUCUUUCUCUAACUUGCUUCUGUGAGUUUCUGCAUGUAAACCAACCGCUGGUGCUUUAAAACGCUCACGAAAUGUUGCUCAGUAUCAAUGUUUCCCUCAACAAACACUCUCAUUUGAACCUGGUUAGCUAACAUGCUAGACGGCCUUCUUGCUAGUGUAAAUUACAGAGCUAAUGCUAACAUUUAAAUGAAUGCUAUCAGUCAGUCAAGUAACCAGCUAGCUGCGCGACUGAUCACCGCGUCAUCAAAGUAAGUUGGAAAGUGAUGCAGAUUAAUUGCACUGAUCGUUCAAAGGUCAUGAAAUGUCUCGUACAAAGUUCACCAUCACGUUCCGACUGGUUCUGCUCAGUGAAGCGGAACCAAACGUGACGUGAGGUUGUGUUUACGUUGGUAACGCUGGGAGGGAGGCCUGUUUUCAAUGUGAUGCGGCUCCUCCCCACACCCCAAAUCAUUUUGGUACAGUCCCAAACUGCAGAUGCAACUCAAUGAUGGCCAACAUCCACGUCAUGAAGCUGGGUGGGAUUGUUUAAAAAUCCACAUUAUGCAAAAAAUACAGAAGAAAAGAAGUAAUAAUGAUUAUCAUUAUGACGAGAUGAAGUGAAGCUGUUUUUAAUGUACAGUAUUAUAAAGGCCUAAAAGCUGUGUGGUGCUAUAAUGUUCUUAACUUCCUGUGUCUUGUUGUGUUUGAAACCCCACAUCAGGAAAUUGCACUCGACUCCCCAAAUCACUACAAAAAAAAGAAAAAAGAAAAAAGAGGGAAAAAAGCCUCGAACACUCGUCACUUCCUGUCAGUGUUACUGUUGUAUUUUCUGUCUCCUUUUACUGUGACAUUUUUUAUUUUGAUCCUGUUUUGUUAUUUUUGCCAACUAACCACACGACUUUGGGCCUCCUUUUUUUCUUUAUGUGAAGGAACAUUUAAACCUGUGUGAUUUUCAAAAUAAAAUGUCGAUGUGAGUCUUAAAAAGGAGAGGAGGGAGCGUAAUAUGAAAGGGCUCCGUUUUAAAAAGACAAAACUAAAAAAGGACAGAGCCUUUUUUUGUGUGUUGAUUUUUUCUCCAGAGAAAGCCUUAUAUGCAAACCUUUUCACCUGUUCUGCAAAGUGCCAUCCCUGUACAGUGUACAUCACCUGUGUCCUCUCUGCUCUGCUUCACUAUGAAAAAUGAAUAUUUCAUCUUGUUUUUGAUUCGUCAGUAUUAGCAUAGGUAGACGGCAGUUUGUUAGUUUACAUACGUUCGUGCAAUUUUCUGUAUUUUUUUGUUCCAUGACAGUAUUUUUUGUCAGUAUUACUUUUUGGUUUCUGUUGAAUUUGAAACACAAAUUUCUUUUUUUUUUUGUUUGUUUUUAUUUGAGAAUUUACCAUUUUAUUUAUGUGACUCAUUUUAUAUUUCCUAAUUUUAUUUAUUUCAUACUGUAGUGUACAGUAUUAGAGUUCCUCACAAAUAGAUAUAUUUUAGUAAAAAUGAUUCUGUCAUUGACUAUUGGAGCAAAACUAUGAAUAGAGAGCGUCUAUGGUAUUUGGAAAAAUUCAGCUGUUCUGUUUUUGUUUUAUUUUCUUUGAAACUACUGGAAAUUCUAAAUUUGGGGAACUUUUGAUACAAUGAUUAUUGUGAAAACACUGUAUUUUUGAGAGUAAAAAAAUCCACUUUAUUCAUCCCAUUGAAAAGGUGAUGAAGGACUGAUGAUGAAAGAAUUCCUAAAAUGUCUGAAGUAUUAGUAUUGAAUUUUUCAUUUCUCUUGGAGAUGACCAUGCUCGAAUAAAUGUAGCCAAAUUAAAUUUUAAUAAAACUGUGUUAUUCUUCUUGUAA